AUGUACCCCGGCCCCAAGCCCCCAACGCCUCACGUCCCUGGCAUCUACCGCUUCACAGCGACUGCCCUGGGCGCCGGCAUGUGGUUCUUUUUAAUGUACCGCGCGAAGAAGGACGGUUCGUUUUGCUCUAUACCCGAUAGGGCCGUUACAAUUGUAGACAUGCUGACGGAUCAUACGCAGGACCCGUGUUGUUGGGCUGGAAGCACCCUUGGGACCACUGAAUAA